AUGUCCGGCGAAGCUCCCUACGACCCUUAUAUUCCCGCCGGCUCCAGCGGUGCCCCCGGAGCUGCCUCCGCGCAACAAAAUGGCAACCAGCGCACAGCCGCUUUGCAGGCGCAAAUCGACGAUACUGUUGGAGUGAUGCGUGAAAACAUCAACAAGGUCUCUCAGCGCGGAGAGCGCCUUGACUCACUCCAGGACAAGACGGACAACUUGGCUGUGUCUGCUCAGGGCUUCCGCCGGGGUGCCAACCGAGUGCGCAAGCAAAUGUGGUGGAAGGACAUGAAGAUGCGCGUAUGUCUCGUUAUCUGUGUGAUCGUGCUCCUUCUUGUCAUCAUCGUCCCCGUUGCCGUCACUCGUCACUAA